AAACUCUCUUUUGUUUUCACCAAACAGGAUUGAGUGACAUUCUAAGAACUGAAGAAGUUUAGCCUUGACAUAUGAACUGUAAUAUUUAAUACCAAGGUAUUAAAAUUUCAUCAUCGUGAAAUCGUACAAUGACAGAUUCAUCGUUUUUCAUGUAAACUUAACUUCAGGAUGAGACAGCGAGAAGUGUUUUGAAAGUUGGAAUACAGAUUAAAAAUUGAUCUUGAUGAUGCUAUAGAAAGUAUACUAUUGCAACAAAAUGGAAACAGGACAUGGUUCUGAUCUGCAAUUGGAUGAACUGCCUGUGACUACAACAGCGGCUCCCACUGAUUCAUAUUCUUCAUAUAAGGACAACCUAAUUGGCGCUCUGCUUGCCAUAUUCGGCCAUCUUAUUAUCAGUAUUGCACUCAACUUACAGAAAUACAGCCAUGUACGACUGGCAGGUUCAAAAGAUCCUCGAUCGUACUUCAGAACAAAGACGUGGUGGUUUGGGUUUCUCUUGAUGCUGCUUGGAGAGACUGCGGUGUUUUCAUCCUAUGCCUUUGCUCCCCUCUCUCUAAUUGCACCACUUAGUGCAGUCUCUCUCAUUGCCAGCUCAAUAAUAGGAAUUAUAUUUAUAAAAGAAAAGUGGAAACCAAAGGAAUUUUUUAGACGUUAUAUCUUGUCCUUUAUAGGCUGUGGUUUAGCAAUUGUCGGCACCUAUUUGUUGAUAACAUUUGGACCUAACAGCCAUGAAAAGAUGACCGGAGAAAAUAUUGUGAAGCAUUUAGUCAGCUGGCCAUUUUUACUCUAUAUGCUGGUGGAGAUUUUAGCUUUCUGCUCAUUGCUGUACUACUACAAACAGAAGAAUGCAAACUACAUGAUCAUUAUAUUGCUACUGGUCGCACUGCUGGGUUCAACAACAGUUGUUACUGUAAAAGCAUUAGCUGGUAUGAUCAUGGUUUCUAUACGGGAUACCUUGCAAUUUGGAUACCCUAUUUUCUACAUCAUGUUUGUAUGCAUGGUGGCUACAGCUAUUGCUCAAGCAUCCUUUUUGUCCCAGGCAUCUCAGCUGUAUGAUUCUGCUCUGAUUGCAAGCGUUAAUUAUAUUCUCUGUACAACUAUAGCUAUAUCUGCAGGAGCAGUAUUUUACUUAGAUUUCCGUGAAGAAGACGUGCUUCACGUGUGCAUUUUUGUUUUAGGGUGCCUUAUUGCCUUUCUUGGAGUCUUCCUUAUCACAAGAAAUAGAAAAAAACCAAAAAGCUUUGAACCUUACGUUUCAAUGAACCCUAUGCCAGGUCUUCAGACCAUGCAUGAUAAUGGCAGUGCAAUUCAGCCUGAUUUUGGAAGCUCAUUUUCCUAUGGGGCUCUUGCAAGCAACGACAGUUUAUCCGAGAUAUACACACCUGCAACACUUCCUGUCGUUAGUGAAGAAGCAUCUUCCAGUUUGCCUUAUAAGGUGCUAGAUCACAAUAAGACUGAAUAGGUGUGCACAUUCCAUUUGGGUUUUUUUUUUGUGCACUGGACAUAAAAGAACUAUAUCUGGAAUUUUCUUCCUUUUUCCUCAAAUAUCAGCUUUUUUUUCUUAAAGUUAUAUUUAUUAUGUUGCUACGGAAGAAAGGGGUAUAGGUCACAGAAAAUAAAAGAAUGACAAAGAAAUGUUUGACAAGAAAAAGAAAGAGUUGAAAAUUUGUAAGCCAGGCACACCGUGUUUUACUGUUUUUGAGAUUGAGCUGCGGUGGAACAAACAUUUAUUAACAUGUCACACAAAUAGAUAUACCUGUCAUAUUGAGAUUAACAUUGUAAUCAGUAUUAUGAUCAGUACAGACACACGGGCCAUUCUGGUAAACAAUUUUAAUGGUUAAUUAUAUUACAUAGUGUAGUUUUGACAGAUAUUCUGUGUUCUUCAACCAGUGGAAAAGAUAUUUUUUUUUUUUUUUUUUUUUGGAGCAAAAAGCUAGUUUUCUUAAAAUUGUCUGACUAUUCUAAGCAUUUAAUUCACAUUUAUAUUUGCUUUCCUAACCUAUUUCUCACAUUACAUGCCUGAAAAAGACUAUCUAAACCCGGUGGUCUGCUAUACCUGACAUUAACUGGCUUCAGUUCUUACG